AACUAUGGUGGCCACCAAGAUGAUCUCGGUGGCUUCGGUGGAACUAGUGCAUUCAGGCAAUCCUGUACCAAUGCUUACAUGCUUGUAUAUAUGCACGAAGCCAGUUUGUCCGACCUCAUGAGGCCUGUUACUCCUGAAGAAAUCCCUGCUAGCCUUCUGCAUCGAUUACGAGAGGAACGACGUGCCGAGGCUGCCAAGCGGCGUGCUAAAGCUGAAGCUCAUCUUUACGCCACUCUUUUGCUCAUACUAGAAGAGGACUUUCAUGGUUGGCAGGUAGGGAAGGGCAUUUUCCACAUGCCUAGAGUGUCACUACUUUUUCAGUGA